AUGUCUGAUUACAUUCCUAAGAAGUUCACACUAGGAAAGAUUGGUUCUCCCUAUGGUCGAAACAGUAAGACUAAAGGGGAUCGCACUCGUCGAAGCUGGUCUGACAGUGAAGAGGCCAAUCUGUUACUGGGACUGAAGGAUCUUGUAACCCAUGGGUGGAAAGCCGACAACGGAUUUCGAGCAGGUUAUCUGUCUAGGCUGGAGGAGAAUUUGAAGCGAGAAUUUCCAUCAACUGACCUAAAGGGCAACCCUCAUAUCGAUUCGAAGAUAACGGCUUGGAAGAAGUCUUACAAUCUACUGACUAAUAUUCUUGACCGUAGUGGUGUUGGCUUCGGCUACAAUGGGGACUUCAAAAUCGACUGUGACGAUGAGCAGUGGGCUCAAAUAGUGAAGCAUGAUCGGAAUGCUAGCGGUAUGCGCAAUAAGGCUUGGCCUUAUUUGGAACAGUGGAAAGAAAUCUUUGGAAAAGACCGCACUAAUGGAGUCGGGGCUGAGGAUGUCAUGGAUGCAGUGAACAGCCUAUACUCCCGCCAGAAUCUCAACACCUCCAAUGGUUCUCAGGACUACAACAUGAGCUUGGAUGACCUUUCUGCCACUGAGCCAAUGUCCAAACAGUCCACACCGGACGAGGUGGGUAAAAGCUCACCUCAGAGUACCAAGGUUGUUGUGUUUGACAAAAGCUCGGGCAGAAAGCGAAAGCAUGAUGACUCCCUUGAUGCUUUAGACGAGCUCCUUAACAAGAUGCACGAGGGAACUAACGUCAGGCUGAAGUACUUGUCCAUGCGGAUAGGUUAUGAAUUCGACCUGACCAAGGCCCAGAAGGAUAUGUAUGAUUUGCUUGGAACUAUCCCGGGACUGACCAUGGAUCAGAAAUUUGAUGCUGGUGAGAUAAUUGUUGAGAAGGUGGAACGUCUCAAUUUCUUCAUGGGACUGCCUGAGUGUGCUCGUCUUCCCUACGUGAUGUGUGCGCUUGAGAAGCGGCGUGCUACCUGA